GGAGCUCGGGCACGAGCGCGGGGACCGGCACCGCCGGAGCAGCGGGGUAGCACUCGCUGGCUGGCUUGCUGCUGUCGCUGCGCUGCGCCGCCAGGCUCCUGCUAGCCGGUGAAUGGGGGUGUUCGGCUGAGCCCCGGGAUCCGCGUCCCUCCACUAGGACCCACACAGGGAAACGGAGCUUGACAGUUGCAGUCAUCCCACUGUGGUGCCAGGAUGGAGGCCCCGCUGGUGAGUCUAGACGAAGAGUUUGAGGAUCUGAGGCCCUCUUGCUCCGAGGACCCAGAGGAAAAGCCGCAGUCUUUUUACGGCUCAUCUCCUCACCACCUGGAGGACCCUUCCCUCUCUGAGCUUGAGAAUUUUUCUUCCGAAAUAAUCAGCUUCAAGUCCAUGGAGGACCUGGUGAAUGAAUUUGACGAAAAGCUCAAUGUCUGCUUUCGGAACUACAAUGCCAAGACUGAGAACCUGGCUCCGGUGAAGAACCAGUUGCAGAUGCAGGAGGAGGAGGAGACUCUUCGGGAUGAGGAGCACAUACAUGUCAUCAUGCAUGUGUGGAGACCAGAGGACAACUGUCCACCUUCUACCAGGGUUUGGGAUGCUCUGACAGACAAUUACAUCCCUUCACUCUCAGAAGACUGGAGGGACCCAAACAUUGAGGCUCUGAAUGGCAACAGCUCUGACACUGAGAUCCAUGAGAAGGAAGAAGAAGAGUUCAACGAGAAGAGUGAGAAUGACUCUGGCAUCAAUGAAGAGCCUCUACUCACAGCUGAUCAGGUGAUUGAGGAGAUUGAAGAAAUGAUGCAGAACUCCCCAGAUCCCGAAGAGGAAGAGGAGGUGCUGGAAGAGGAGGAUGGAGGAGACAUCUCAUCCCAGGCAGACUCAGUCCUGUUGCAAGAGAUGCAGGCCUUGACACAGACCUUCAACAAUAACUGGUCCUAUGAAGGGCUGAGGCACAUGUCUGGGCCUGAGCUGACAGAGCUGCUGGAUCAGGUAGAGGGUGCCAUCCGGGACCUCUCUGAGGAACUGGUCCACCAGCUGGCCCGCAGAGACGAGCUGGAGUUUGAGAAGGAAGUGAAGAACUCCUUCAUCACGGUGCUCAUUGAGGUUCAGAACAAGCAGAAGGAGCAACGGGAACUGAUGAAGAAGAGACGGAAAGAGAAGGGAUUGAGCCUGCAGAGCAGCCGAAUAGAAAAGGGAAACCAGAUGCCUCUCAAGCGUUUCAGCAUGGAAGGCAUCUCCAACAUUCUGCAGAGUGGCAUCCGCCAGACCUUUGGCUCCUCUGGAGCCGACCGACAGUACCUGAACACGGUCAUCCCUUAUGAGAAGAAAUCCUCUCCUCCUUCCGUGGAAGAUCUGCAGAUGUUGACAAACAUUCUCUUCGCCAUGAAGGAGGAUAAUGAGAAGGUGCCUACUUUGCUAACGGACUACAUUUUAAAAGUGCUCUGUCCCACCUAACCUCACCUGGGGAGCAGCCUCACUGCAGGAGGUCACUGAGCAAGAACGUCAUUCCAUCACUGGGAUUGCAUGACACCAUGUAACCUCCGGCGUGUAUUUAAACGUGUAUAGCUUAACCUGGAUUAAACAUGAGCAACCAUGCGGGGGGUCCUUUGCUGUUGGCUUCUAGUGCUAGUAAUCUUUGGAUGCAUGAUCGGGCGCAGGGCCGGUGAUGCUCCUUCCUCACCGCCUGUGUUGGGGAAAGCAGGUGCCCUCACCACUCAUUACGUAGUCGGGCUCCAGCCCUCAGCCCAGCUUAUACUCUAAGACUAAUUUUGAAAUAAACCUUCAUUUAAUUAAUA